UCUCUUGUGCAUCUGAAGAUAUCUGGGCCUUUAGAGGGAGGGGCGGGAGGCUAGUCCCGAGCUCCCCUGCCCCACUAGAGGCUCCCUGAAUGGGUUUCGAUGGGAGCCUGGGCCCCAUCUUGUCUCCUGCCUUCUGCACCUCACCCGCCCCACCCCACUUCAGGAAUCAGGCCCACUGUCCCUCGCCCCAACCCCUGCAGGUGACCAGAAUGGACCUGUGGCCAGGGGCAUGGACAGUGCUGCUGUUGCUCUUCCUGCUGCUGCUCUUCCUGCUGCCCACGCUGUGGUUCUGCAGCCCCAGUGCCAAGUACUUCUUCAAGAUGGCCUUCUACAACGGCUGGAUCCUCUUCCUGGCUGUGCUCGCCAUCCCCGUGUGCGCCGUGCGAGGACGCAAUGUCGAGAACAUGAAGAUCUUGCGUCUGAUGCUGCUCCACAUCAAGUACCUGUACGGGAUCCGCGUGGAGGUCCGCGGGGCUCACCACUUCCCUCCCUCACAGCCCUACGUCGUGGUCUCCAACCACCAGAGCUCCCUCGACCUGCUUGGGAUGAUGGAGGUACUGCCCGGCCGAUGUGUGCCCAUCGCCAAGCGGGAGCUGCUUUGGGCUGGCUCUGCCGGGCUGGCCUGCUGGCUGGCUGGAGUCAUCUUCAUCGACCGGAAGCGCACUGGGGAUGCCAUCAGUGUCAUGUCUGAGGUCGCCCAGACCCUGCUCUCCCAGGACGUGCGGGUCUGGGUUUUUCCUGAGGGCACCAGAAACCACAAUGGCUCCAUGCUGCCCUUCAAACGCGGCGCCUUCCACCUGGCAGUGCAGGCCCAGGUUCCCAUUGUCCCCAUCGUCAUGUCCUCCUACCAAGACUUCUACUGCAAAAAGGAGCGCCGCUUCACUUCGGGGCGAUGUCAGGUCCGGGUGCUGCCCCCAGUGCCCACAGAAGGGCUGACACCAGAUGACGUCCCAGCUCUGGCCGACAGAGUCCGGCAUUCCAUGCUCACCAUUUUCCGGGAAAUCUCCACUGACGGCAGGGGUGGUGGCGACUAUCUGAAGAAGCCUGGCAGCGGCGAGGCCCGGCUCUGAGUUCCUCCACCUCCCCCUCCACACACCUGCCAGCCAGUGGGUUCUGACGCAGGACCAAGCCCUCUUCCUCGUUCCCCCUCGCCCUACUCAGUCUCCUCUUUGGAGUCUUCAACUUCUGAAGUGAAUGUCUCUGCCCCUUCCCAGCUCCCCCCACCCCCCCACUCUUGCCUCGGUGCAGUCUCCACUCCGACCCUCCCCACCUCCUGCACCAUGAGCCUGCGGGUAGUUGCCCCCCGCUCAGCUCCAGUGCUCAGCCUCCACGGAUGGGAGCACUCCAUCCCGUCCCAGGGGCCCUCCUUCCUGUGUGGCUCUCCCUCUCCCCGACAUUGGCCAGUGGACUCGUCCGUUCUGUGGAACAGUCCCCCACCUCCACCCCAUGGGUCCAGCGGACUCAUCCGUUUGCCAGGAGGACUCCUCAUGCCGUGCCUGGACGCUGGUGUGGAACACCCCCAGGCUCCUCCUGGGAACACUCAGCAACUCCACCCGCCCUCCCGCGGAGCCUCCGUCAGGGGGGCGGACUCUUCUCACUCCGAGGUCUCAUUCCUGCCGGGCCCAGGUGCCCAGGACUGAGCAACCCCUGGAUGCCAGUUUGGUCUUCACAUUUCUGCUCCCCUGUUCCCGGGCGGCCCGCCCAUCCCCUCCGCCCUGGGGCACAUUCGGAAGAGACCAGAGGUGCAUUGCAGGGGCUGCACCCAGGCUCCCUGGCUGGAGGGGAUGGAGGGCUUUUAAUUUAUUUCUCUUUCGUUGGAGGUUUCCCCCCUUUGAGCCAGUUUUCAUUUCCUCCCUGUGGCAUUAGCCUCCCAUCCUCCCAUCCCAGACCUGUGCCUACAACAGGGGGGGCUGGGAGCAAAGGAGGAGGGUGGGACUCCGUUUUUCAUGGUUGUUUUUAUUAAUUAUCUGGGUAACAGCAAGGAACCAAGAAUAAAGAUUGCGAGAUCUGGA